AUGAUAAGUUCCAAUAUUUCAAGAUAUGAUUUAGAAAAUGACGAGUACUUCUUGGUGUUCAAGCUGUUGUUAUGCUUCAUCAUACCGUUCCUGAUCCCUAUAGUCUUCUGGAACGAAACUCCAUCAGUGGCGCUGAUCUCCCAAGCGCUCCGGUACAUGAUGAGCCUAAACUUCACGUGGUCUGUAAACAGCUUCGCCCAUUUGUGGGGCAACAAGCCAUACGACCGGAACAUAAUGCCCAGUGAAAACUGGGGCGUGUCGAUUGUGGCCAUAGGGGAAGGCUGGCAUAACUAUCACCACACGUUCCCCUGGGACUACAAGGCGGCUGAACUGGGCAUGCCCUACAACUUGACCACGACUGUAUUGGACAAGUUCGCCAGUAUCGGCUGGGCAUACGACUUGAAGGCUGCGUCACCAACACUCGUGGAAACCGUCGCGAGGAACAGGGGAGAUCCACACCAUCGCAAAUCUCAUCACCAUUAGUUUAAAACUUUAUUCAGACAGGUUUAGAUAUAGGUUCUCGAAUACAUACUCGUAGGUAUUGUUAUCUAAGA